GGCACCGUGGAGGCAACACACGUUUUCCUCCGGACACUGGAAGCAGCGACGUACUGUGGUGAAAUCCUAGCGGAUAGAUAGUGCAUCAAUCAAAGCAGCAUCCAGCAACAUUCGAUCAAACAUUCCCUGGAAAUGUCGAAACCACAGUACAAAGUCGCCGACAUCUCGCUGGCCGAGUUCGGGCGGAAGGAAAUCAUUCUGGCCGAAAACGAAAUGCCCGGCCUGAUGGCGUGCCGCGCCAAGUACGGCCCGCUGAAGAUCCUGAAGGGUGCCCGAAUCGCCGGCUGCCUGCAUAUGACCAUCCAGACUGCCGUGUUGAUCGAAACGCUGAUAGAGCUCGGCGCGGAGGUUCAGUGGAGCAGCUGCAAUAUCUUCAGCACGCAGGAUCAUGCGGCCGCCGCAAUGGCCAAGGCGGGUGUCCCGGUGUACGCGUGGAAGGGUGAAACCGACGAGGAGUAUUUGUGGUGCAUCCGGCAGACGCUCAUCUUCCCGGACGGCAAGCCGCUGAACAUGAUCCUGGACGACGGAGGCGACCUAACGAACCUGGUACACGCCGAGCACCCGGAGCUGCUUGGGGAGAUUCGCGGCCUAAGCGAGGAGACCACGACCGGCGUCCACAACCUGUACAAGAUGUUCCGCGAGGAUCGCCUGGGCAUGCCGGCGAUCAACGUGAACGAUUCCGUCACGAAGAGCAAGUUCGACAACCUGUACGGCUGCCGGGAGUCGCUGCUGGACGGUAUCAAGCGCGCGACGGACGUGAUGAUUGCGGGCAAGGUGUGCGUUGUUGCCGGCUACGGCGACGUCGGUAAAGGAUGCGCCCAGGCACUGCGAGGCUCCGGCGGGCGUGUGCUGGUGACCGAGAUCGACCCCAUCAACGCCCUGCAGGCGGCCAUGGAGGGGUACGAGGUGACGACGAUGGAAGAGGCGAGCCGCGAGGCACAGAUCUUCGUCACCACGACCGGUUGCACGGAUAUCAUCGUCGGCGAGCACUUCCUCAACAUGAAGGACGACUCGAUCGUGUGCAACAUCGGGCACUUUGACUGCGAGCUGGACGUGACCUGGCUCGAGAAGAACGCACUGGAGAAGGUCAACAUCAAGCCCCAGGUCGACCGGUACCGGCUGGCGAACGGCAACCACAUCAUCCUGCUCGCCGAAGGUCGCCUGGUGAACCUUGGCUGUGCCAUGGGCCACUCCAGCUUCGUCAUGUCGAACUCGUUCACCAACCAGGUGCUGGCACAGAUCGAACUUUGGACAAACCGGGAGCAGUACGCCGUCGGUGUGCACGUGCUGCCGAAGACGCUGGACGAGGAGGUGGCCGCCCUCCAUCUGGACAAGCUGGGCGUUAAGCUGACCAAGCUGACCAAGCACCAGUCGGACUACCUGAACCUGCCGGUGGACGGGCCGUACAAACCGGAACAUUACCGUUACUAGUGACGUUUUCAGCUUGGAGCAAUAAA